GAUGAGCAGACUGAAGUGUGGGGAGCCCGGAAGCAGGAGGCUUGAGGGUGGGUCUCCAGAAGAAAGACCGGGCCUGAAAUCCUAGAGGAAGAGGAGGGCCAGGGCGGGGACUUGAGCUGUUUCCCAGGCACCAGGAUGGUGCUUGCACGCUUUGGGAGGAGCCUUCCCUGGCGUCCUCAAAGUUGCCGAGGUAACUCUGACCUGCAGGGCCAUGGCCUCCCAAGCCAGCUGGAGCGGGAGCGGUGCCCCAUCUCAGAGUACAGCCACAAUGCCCUGGGUGACCAUCCUGCAGCCCCUCCCUUGGGCUGUCCCAUCCCUGCCCCCGCAGCCCAGCCGUGUGAAGGAAGACCUGCUGGAGCUGAUGAUGCUGCAGAACGCACAGAUGCAUCAGCUGCUACUGAGUCGCAUGGUGGCCGGUGCGCUGAACCCCUGGCCUGAGUGGCCCAGCCCACAGGUCUAUAUGACCAGUCAACAGCAGCAGCUGGAGGAGGAGAGGGACACGCAUGAAGAAGAACCUUUGGUCUUCCACCACCACUAUCUGCCCAGCCCAGUGCUCUCCUUGGGCCCCAUGCCACCCUGGCCAGCGCCUUUCCCUCCUACUCUCCUACAUCAGCCCCAUUGGCAGGGUGUACCCAGGAUUCAGCAAGGGCCUCCUGCCUCCCAGCCAAGGGAGAUGAGAGCUGUGCCCCCACCCCCACCCCCCAGUGCCACAGAGACUGUUGGUGUAGAUGUACUCCCGGCUUCAGGCUACUAUGAUGCUGAGAGCCUGCCAUGAAGAUGGCUACUCAUAGGGCCUCACCAGCUUCAGUGUUGGCCUGCCAGAGCCCUGGAGUCCCCACCUUCCCCUCUACUGUCUGCUGACUCUGCAUGUGCUGGCCUCUCUCAUCCCCUCUGCCUCAGCCAGGCCCUCUACCCUGGGGCAUCAGGCUUUCUCUACUCCACUGCCAUCUUAGGCUGGUAGUUCUGGCAGAAGUGUUCCUUCAAGCCUCACCAGGGCCCAGAAACCAUGUAAGCCCAACCUACUUACUGUUUCCUGCCUGAAUCAUAGCAAGGCUCUCCACCAAAGCCCCAAUUGGCCUUUGCCCUUCCCUCCUUUCUCUGACAAAAGCUGUGGCAUAAUCUUUUGGCCUGAUAAUGGGACAAGAAGAGAAAAGAAGAUGCUCUUGUCUCCAUGCUCCUUAAGGCCCCUUAGGGGGCAGCAUGAUCAGGGAGAGGCCCAGCUAGGGAGGGCUCUACAGUUCACCCAGUCCCCCUCUCCCCCCGGGCCCUCCUUCACUUGACUGUUGGUGGAAAGGAGAGUCAGGGCUGUCUUCCUCUCCAACCAGGAACAACCUUAGGUCCUGAGGACCAGGUGGGAAUGGAAUGUCUUCUGCUUCAUGGGCCCUCAGUAGGAAUCAGUCGCUCCUAAUGGUGUGGGUGGAUGUCUGGGGCCUGAACUGCACAGGAUAAGGAAAGCCUUGGGAGAGAGCAGGGAAGUGGGAGGAGCUGAGGGAAACAUUGGGGGUG